AUGUGGAACGAGACUGUUGAGCUCGCCAUCUACUUUGCUCUCUGGUACUGGGGCAACACCUACUACAACAUCUACAACAAGAAGGCCAUGAAUCUCCUGGGAGGAUCCAAGGGAGGACUCGUGUGGACCGUCUCCUCCGCUCAGCUCUUCGUCGGCAUCCUCUGGGUCAUCCCCCUCUGGAUCCUCGGCAUCCGCACCUCCCCCAAGAUGACUGCUGAGAACUGGAAGCAGAUGGCUCCCAUCGGCCUGUGGGCUGCUGGUGCCCACGGAGGCUCCGUCAUCUCCCUCGGAGCUGCUGCUGUCAGCUUCGCGCAGAUCCUCAAGGCCUGCGAGCCUGUCUUCUCCGCCGCCAACGAGGCUAUCCUCCUUGGCAAGGUCCAGGCCUGGCCCGUGUACGCUGCUCUCCUCCCCAUCAUCGGAGGUGUUGCUCUUGCCUCGGUGAAGGAGCUCUCGUUCUCCUGGCUCUCCGUGAUCUCUGCCAUGAUCGCCAACCAGUGCGCUGCCCUCAAGGGAGUUCAGGGCAAGGACAUCAUGAAGCAGCCGUGGGUCAAGGCCAUGGGCCCCGCCAACCAGUACGGUGUCGUCAACAUGCUCGCGUUCUUGUGGACUCUCCCCAUUGUGUUUGCUGUGGAGGGACCUAAGGCCAUGGAGUCGUGGGAGAACGCCAUGAGGAAGGGAUCGAAGAAGGAGGACGUGCUGAAGAACGUUGUGUUCUCUGGCCUCACCUUCUACCUCUACAACGAAGUCUCCUUCCUCUGCCUCGGCAAGGUCACUCCCAUCACCCACUCCGUCGCCAACACCCUCAAGCGCGUCGUCGUGCUCGUCGUUUCCUGCAUCGUCUUCAACACCCCCGUGAGCAGGGAGAGCAUCAUUGGCUCCACCAUUGCCAUCCUCGGUACUCUUCUCUACUCCCUCGCCAAGCAGAAGUUCGGUGGAGGACACUAA